ACUGGCUUCCUAGAAACUUCAAGGAUAUGGCCUUGGUUAUAUAGAAUAUUUAGUGGCAAUCUUUUGAACACGUCUCAGUUGCGCUAUAUAAACAGGUUCGUCCCAUCUUUCGACUACGAGAAUUCUCUGUUGCCGCUAGAGGAAGGAGGUGAAGUCUGUUCUCGGGUUCCCCAAUUUUUUAGGGUUUGUUUCAAGUAUAUCUGAAGUUUUCGAUUAUAAAUUGUGUUGCCGGAAGGAUUAAAGGGAAUUCUGCACUGAUUGUGGUUUCGAUUAAACAAAUAAUAUUUGUGGGCAAGACUGAAUGAUCUAAUGGAGGCUAAACGUGGAAAGAAGUCCAGUAGUAAAACCUUAUUCUAUGAGGCUCCUCUAGGUUACAGCAUUGAAGACGUUCGACCUCACGGUGGGAUCAAGAAAUUCCGAUCUGCUGCUUACUCCAACUGCGUGCGGAAACCAUCCUGAUAUUCUUAAAGUGCGACGUAGCUACUUGACGUGGUUCACAAUAGUUUUUUUUUUAUUUUUUCAAUUGCUUAGUUUCUAUCAGUCUAUUCUGCUUCCAAGUCUCCUCCUCUCUUCCUUGUCUCCUCUCUCUUUUGCGAUCUUGCUUCCUCUAGGCAGAGAUGGCCUUAUCUGCAUCUGCAAUCGGAUUUGAAGGCUACGAGAAGAGGCUUGAAGUGUCAUUCUUUGAGCCAGGCAUCUUUGCCGACCCUGACGGAAAGGGCCUUAGAUCACUUUCCAAAACACAGUUAGAUGAAAUACUGAAGCCAGCUGAGUGCACAAUAGUUGCAUCACAGUCAAAUGCCCAUCUUGACUCGUAUGUCCUCUCAGAAUCUAGCCUCUUUGUUUACCCUUACAAGAUUAUCAUCAAAACUUGUGGCACAACAAAGCUGCUUCUAUCAAUCCCGGCCAUCCUGAGGCUUGCCAAUAGCCUAUCCCUCUCUGUAAGAGCUGUGAAGUACACACGUGGGACCUUUACAUUUCCUGGAGCACAGCCAUAUCCUCACAGAAGCUUCACAGAGGAAAUUGCUGUCCUUGACAGUUACUUUGGUAACCUUGGGUCUGGCAGCAAUGCAUACGUGAUGGGAAAUCUUACCAAAUCGCAGAAGUGGCAUGUUUACUCUGCAAGCGCAGAGGUUAAUCAUUCAGGACCUAUCUAUACUCUUGAAAUGUGCAUGACUGGUUUGGACAAGAAGAUGGCAUCUGUUUUCUACAAGGCUGAAUCAAGCUCAGCAAGUUUGAUGACUGAUGUGUCUGGUAUUAGAAAGAUCCUUCCAGGGUCUGAGAUUUGUGAUUUUGAGUUUGACCCCUGUGGCUACUCCAUGAAUGCCAUUGAGGGAGCUGCAAUUUCUACCAUUCAUGUUACACCAGAAGAUGGUUUUAGUUAUGCAAGCUUUGAAGCUGUUGGAUAUGACCUGAAAACUGUAAAUCUUUCAAAGUUGGUCGGGAGGGUAUUGGAAUGCUUCCAACCAAGGGAAUUUUCUGUAGCCAUACACGGUGAAGCUGCUGGUAAAGUUGGGUGGUACUUCCCCCUAGAUGUGCCGGGGUAUAGCCCUGGAGAGAGAAGCUACCAGACGCUCGGAAUGAAUGGUGCCAUUGUUUAUCAAAGUUUCAUCGAGGCUGGCAACUGUGGGUCUCCCAAGUCGGUUCUGAAAUGCUGCUGGAAAGAGGAGGAAGACUACAAGGAAGACAGAAUUAUGGAGUAAUCUGGAAAUUGUUGCGGCAGUGUCUAUGUUUAGCUAUUAUUAUUAGAGUCUUCAAGCUUUGUAGUUUGGUUCCGCUCUUUCCCAUAAAGGGUGGAACAGUCAUCAGUGCUUCUUGUUUUGAUUAUGAUUAUAUCGUGGGCGUCAGUACUCGAAUUGUGUUUGUCAUGGUUUAUAUGUUUAUGUUGUGUAUCCAUUCAUCACUGGGUAUGCAUGCAGCAGUUUGUCGUUAUUGUUGACAAUAGAUUGAAUUGUGAUGUUCUUGACUUAA